AGCCGGCCGCCGGCACAGGGGCUCAUCAGUUGGUGCGCGGUGCUGAGGAGGGGAGGAUCCGGAGCGUGUGAGGUGCAACUUCACCUGGAGGUGUGGCACAGAGGAGAGGAAAACAUCGCUUCUGUUGCUGCUAGUGGGAACAAGAUGACGCUCACAAUGCGGCUAGCAGCCGUCCUGCUGGUCUGUUGGACGGUGGCGAGUCACGCCGAGGCUCGCGAAAAACGACAAGCGAUUCAGUUUGGCGUCGAGCCGCGUCCGUUUGACUCAGACUGCGUGGACUACGCGCGCCGGCCGGGCCGCUGCGGCCCGCUGCGCGACUGUCCCGGCUGGCUGCGGGUGGUCUCCAACCACCCCAGCCAACAGGACGUCCACAACCUGAGGAACAGCCUGUGCGGCCGGACUCCCAACCAGGUGCCGCUCAUCUGCUGCCCGCGCAGCGCCGGACCCAUCAAGGAGACCAUCCAACCGCCCACCGCACCACCCACCCGACCCACCCCCCGGCCCACCGCGCGGCCCACGCAGCCGCCGCCGACCCGGCCUCCGACCCCGCGGCCCACCCAGCCGACCGGCGGCGACCGGGUGCCCGAGGAGCACCCCAACCGGCGCCUGCUGCCCAACGACAACGCGUGCGGCAUCAACAUCCACAACCGGAUCGUGGGCGGCAACGUGGCCGACCUGGCAGAGUACCCGUGGCUGGCCAUCCUCGGAUACGAGGUGGUCGGCACCGGCUCUGUGGAGUUCAACUGUGGUGGCACCCUCAUCAACAACCGGUACGUGCUGACGGCGUCCCACUGCGUGGUCAGCUUGCCGUCCGACUUCCGACUCACCUCUGUCCGGCUGGGAGAGUACAACCUGCGCACCGCCGUCGACUGCCAGGUGCAAGGAGGCCGGGAGGUGUGCGCCGACCCGGUGCAGGACUUUGGCAUCGCCCAGGUGAUCGCGCAUCCCGACUACAACAAGCCGAACCGGUUCUGGAACGACAUCGCGCUGCUGCGGCUCGACCGACAGGUCCAGAACAGCUUAUACGUCAGCCCGCUGUGCCUCCCAUUCGGCGACUGGAGGACCCGGGACCUCGGUAACACCAACCUCUGGGUGGCCGGCUUCGGACUCACGCAGGCCUUCGGCGACUCGAGUGACCUGCUGAUGGAGCUGAAGGUGCCCGUCGUGUCCAACGAUCAAUGCGCCCAGGUGUUCCGCCGACAGCAGGCCGUCAUCGGGCCGAACCAGAUGUGUGCCGGCGGGGAGGCCGGCCGCGACUCGUGCUCGGGCGACUCGGGAGGUCCUCUGAUGGGAGUCAACCAGUUCGGACCGCCGUACAGGAUCGUGGGCGUGGUGUCGUUCGGCGUGACCCGCUGCGGCACGGCCAAUGUGCCCGGAGUGUACACCCGGGUCGGGCAGUACCUCAACUGGAUCAUGGACAACAUCCGGGCCUAGGUGACGACCAGGGAGGUACGACAGAUGUGCUGGAGUAAGAAGAAUGAUGGCACAGAGAGCAAAUAAAAAGGAGACCCGGCGAAGGGGAGAGCAAGGAGAAAACUGUCCAAGCUGUAGCGUCAUGGAGAGUACAUCGACUGGGACGCUAUCGGAUACCAUAGAUGUCGCUUUGUCCUGAGGACAGAACACCCGAGGUCGAGACGCGGUGUUGGAGCGAGGUGCACCGAUGGAGACGGUUGUGGGCACCGGUUGUGCUGAUUAAUACGAAAUAACUUUUAUGUACAAUUGUGAAAUUGGAAUUAUACUGCUUUCGGAGAUUAUUGUAAUUUUACAAAGUGGUGUUCUGUUGUGCACUGCUUCAUCUAAAUAAUUAAAACGGAUUAAAAGCGAUUGUGAAUUGGGAGCGGAUGAAAGCAAUGUUGUCAAGUUUCAUCAAGGUCAAUCAAGUUUGAAGAAUCGUGAUCCAAGUGACAUUAGAACUUGUUUCUGAACUACUCAAAUGACCAUCAACUUUGUGAGUGUAAAACUUUUUAGCAUAAUCGUGCGUUUUUACAUGCAUCCAUAAUUAGAUGAUAGGGUUUUUGGGCCAUGAACUGAUAGAAGUUUUCUGUCAUAAGCAUUGUACUCAUUGGUCAUGCUCAGUUGAAACAUCUGUUGUUAAAUGCAAGCCGUAUGUGUGAAUAUAUGAAAUGUAUGAUAGUAUGAAUGUACCGGAAGUCGAAUAAGUGAAUGAGGAUCGCUGUUACGAUGUUCAGUGAUCAUACGUUGACCACCAUUUUAGUAUGAUAUUGUGGUGAUGUAUGUUAUGAGCGCAAUGAAACAAAUGCUUGUUUUAGUGCUUAUGACUUGCUUGGAGCCCCACUGAAAUGGUGAGGUAAACGAAUAAAACGGAAA